GCACCCUCCUCCGCUCAAGACCCAAGUCUGCUAGAACCCGGGCGCGCUCCAAAUUCCCCGGUCACCUACCUCCUCUGCCCUCUCACUCUCAGAUCCGCGUCCUCGGCUCCUCCUCCUCCUCCUCCUCCUCCCUUCCUUCGUUCCUUCCAGAUCUCCCUCCCAGUCGAGAGUCGAGAUCCACCGCCUCCGCGCCCCCUCACCGGUGCAGCGCGAGGAAGCGGGGGGCCAGAGGCCAGCCAUGGGCAAGGAAGGGGCCAGCGACGGCGGCAUGUCGGAGUCGGUGAUCCGCAAGGUCCUGGUCUCGUACAUGUACGUGGCGGUGUGGAUCUUCCUCUCCUUCUCCGUGAUCGUCUACAACAAGUACAUCCUCGACCCCAAGAUGUACAACUGGCCCUUCCCCAUCUCCCUCACCAUGGUGCACAUGGCCUUCUGCUCCUCCCUCGCCGUGGCGCUCGUCCGCGUCCUCCGCGUCGUCGACCUCCCGUCCUCGCCCGCCAUGACGUCGCAGCUCUACGUCUCCUCCGUGCUCCCUAUCGGCGCGCUCUACUCGCUCUCGCUCUGGUUCUCCAACUCCGCCUACAUCUACCUCUCCGUCUCCUUCAUCCAGAUGCUCAAGGCGCUCAUGCCCGUCGCCGUCUACUCCAUCGGGGUCCUCUUCAAGAAGGAGACCUUCAAGUCCUCCGCCAUGCUCAACAUGCUCUCCAUCUCGUUCGGCGUCGCCAUCGCCGCCUACGGAGAGGCCCGCUUCGACGCCCGCGGCGUCGCCCUGCAGCUCGCCGCCGUCGCCUUCGAGGCCACGCGCCUCGUCCUCAUCCAGAUCCUCCUCACCUCCAAGGGCAUCUCCCUCAACCCCAUCACCUCGCUCUACUACGUCGCGCCCUGCUGCCUCGCUUUCCUCGUCGUGCCCUGGGUCUUCGUCGAGCUGCCCAGGCUGCGCGCCGUCGGCAUCUUCCAGCCGGACCUCUUCGUCUUCGGCACCAACUCCCUCUGCGCCUUCGCGCUCAACCUCGCCGUCUUCCUGCUCGUCGGCAAGACGUCGGCUCUCACCAUGAACGUCGCCGGCGUCGUCAAGGACUGGCUGCUCAUCGCCUUCUCCUGGUCCGUCAUCCGCGACACCGUCACCCCCAUCAACCUCUUCGGCUACGGGAUCGCCUUCCUCGGGGUGGGAUACUACAACCACGUCAAGCUGCAGGCGCUCAAGGCCAAGGAGGCGCAGAAGAAGGCGGCGCAGGCCGACGAGGAGGCCGGGUCGCUGCUGCAGGAGCGCGACUCGCACGGCGACCGCAAGACUGACAACCAGGCCUAGCGAGUGUGCCGGAUCUCAUGAUCCAAUUCGCUCGGUUCUGAACCCAGUGUACUCCAAAUAUGUGAUCCAACCCUUACACGUUUGAUGCAAAAUUUGUUCAUUUCUUGUCUUUGACUUGAUCUGGUGGUACCAAGGAAAUAAGCACGGGAAAGAUGCAAGCUUUGUGUCGAACAUGUGAAAAAAAAUAUAUAUGUAUGAGCAAUUUUUUGUCUUUUUUUUGGGGCCAGUUGUAGCUGUUACUACCAUUAAACAGUAAGCAAAACUGUUUGCAUUUUAUC